AUGUUGUAAUUGAUAAUGAAUACAUAAUAGUGAAAAAUAUUUAUAAGGGAAACACCUACAAUUUAUACAUAGGUAGAGAUUGAAAGCCUAGCUAGCUGUAAAAAGAGAUUGUUCUGAUGAUUAAACCAAGUUUGUAUUGAUCAAAAUGCGUAGGUAGCCAAUUCCAUUUAUAUAAGAACUAAUGCCUCAGAACAGAAUUUUGAGUAGUAUUUCUUGAAUAAACUAAAAGACAGUAAAGUAAAAUUUUUAUAUAGGUAAAUGUACUACAAGAAUUCUGUCAAUAGGUGAAUAAAUAAUUAAAGAAUAACUCUAUCAUUAUUAAGUUAUGGAACGUCAUGGUCCUUCUUUAAAAUUACUUUACAAUUACUUAUCCAAAAAUAUUCCUAUUACAAUAUUAUGUUUGAUAGCAAUAUAAACUGUAUAUAUUUAUAAGUAUAAUAGAUUACUUGUUUAGAGUAAAUUCAUAAACAAUAAAUUAUACAUAGGAAUAUUAGACCAAAGAAAUUAUUAAUCUCUUAAAGUGGUUUGGAAAUAUUAUUGACUGAUUUUAAGUAUGCUUGUAGAUAUAGGAAACAAUAAAAUAAUAUCAUUGUUAAUGAUACUUUACGUAGUUCUUCUAAUAAACGAUUUCUAAAUAAAUUUUCAAGUCUAAAUCAACAUUUAGAAUAAGGUAAUUAUAAUAUAUAAUAGAAUUUAGUUUCUUCACCUAAAGAUGAUCUCGAGUCUCUAGCCUUAAUCAUACUAUAUUAUGGAGGAUUUGCUUCGAUCUUAGAUAUCAAAGAAGAGAAUAAAGGACUUAAAAUAAAAAAGUUGGAAUAAAUUAAAUUAACUCUACUACCAGAACUAUCAUUUAAAGGAGCACCUUUAGAAUUUAUUUAAUAUUAUAAUGGAGUUAAAUAAUCAUCUUUUAGUGAUUAUCCAUAAGAUUAUGAAAAAUAUAAAUAGCUUUUUCGUAAAUUAUUGAAUGCUUGUGGUUAUACAGAGAAAGAUGUAGUUUAUCCUCAUUUAUAAAUGAUGAAAUAAUAUCAUUAUAAUGUAAAUGUGAUUAUAGAGGAAUAAGAAACCUAAGCAUAAUUGGAUUCAAUAGAUGAAGAUUAAAGUGUUUUUAGAAAAAUAAAAGAAUUAGAUGGAAAAAGAUUUCAUAGAUUAAUUUCUUUAGAAAAUUACAAAUAAAGCUCUCAGAAAGAAUGA